AUCCGACUUCCGUGGCGUCAGAUCCUGUGGCAGUGCUUUUUGGCUGUGUGACAUCAAAAUAAAACAUGUCAGUUAUCCGCAAGGUUGCGUUUCAGAUACUGCUGCAAAAUAAGAACAUUUUGCCAGCAGCUUUUUGCACUCGGAAUAGUUCAACAUCUACAGAUCUGAAAUCUGUCUUGGCUGAAAAAAUCCCUGAGAAACAGAAGGAGGUUGUUGAGCUGAGAAAACAACAUGGCAAUACCAAAGUUGGGGAUGUGACGGUUGACAUGAUGUAUGGAGGAAUGAGGGGUAUUAAAGGAUUGGUUACAGAAACGUCAGUGCUUGACCCGGAAGAAGGUAUUCGAUUUCGAGGGUACAGUAUCCCAGAAUGCCAGAAACUCUUGCCAAAAGGCAAGGGGGGAACAGAACCUUUACCUGAAGGUUUGUUCUGGCUUCUUCUCACCGGAGACAUUCCAUCUCAGGCACAGGUGGAUGCAGUAACACAGGAAUGGAACAGUCGUGCAGCCUUGCCAAACCACGUGAUCACCUUGUUGAGCAACUUUCCUAGCAAUCUCCACCCGAUGUCUCAGUUCAGUUCAGCUAUAACUGCCCUCAACUUGGAGAGCAAAUUCGCAAAAGGCUACCAUGACGGAAUUAACAAGAACCUGUUUUGGGAGUAUACAUAUGAAGAUUCCAUGGAUUUGAUAGCGAAGUUGCCAACUUUGGCAGCAAUUAUCUACCGCAAUAUCACAGACGGAGGUACCCCUUGUCCAAUUGAUACUGCCAAAGACUGGAGUUGGAACUAUGCUUCAAUGAUGGGCUUUGAUAAUGCCGAGUUUGUUGAAUUGAUGAGGUUGUAUCUUACAAUACACAGUGACCACGAGGGCGGCAAUGUCAGUGCCCACGCGACUCAUCUGGUUGGUAGUGCUCUGUCCGACCCAUACCUUAGUUUUGCUGCUGGCAUGAAUGGCUUGGCUGGACCACUCCAUGGAUUGGCAAACCAAGAAGUGUUGACCUGGCUGACGAAGCUACAGAAGUCGUUAGGUGGUGAAGUGUCUGAUGACAAGCUGAGGGACUUUAUCUGGAAUACUCUAAAAUCAGGACAGGUUGUCCCAGGUUACGGACACGCUGUGUUGAGAAAGACGGAUCCCAGGUAUACCUGCCAGCGAGAAUUUGCACUGAAACACCUGCCCAACGACCCACUCUUCAAGCUGGUGUCUCAGGUCUACAAGGUUGUGCCAGAUAUCUUAAUAGAGCAGGGCAAGGCAAAGAAUCCAUGGCCCAAUGUGGACGCUCACAGUGGAGUGCUACUACAGUACUAUGGCCUGACAGAGAUGAACUAUUACACAGUGAUGUUCGGUGUGUCUCGAGCCCUUGGGGUCCUGGCUUCACUCGUCUGGGAUCGUGCUUUCGGCCUGCCCCUUGAACGACCAAAAUCCUUCGACACGCCCGGUCUUAAGAAGCUAGUUGGUUCAAAGUAACUAUGCUGUCCGUGUAUACUCAUCGUAUCAGUUGUUGAAUGAUAUCAUUUUGAGGAGGAAAGACUUAGCUCAAGCUUUCUAAUUUGUACAUAGCGAUACUGUUCAAGAAGACAGCUGGUAUGAUGUGUUUUGAUGUGUGUAACAUUAGUACCAAACAGUUUACUCUCUUUUUCAUGAUCAAACUUUAGACUCUUGAAAUUUAAUAUUUUAUGAAAGAUAUUAUUGACCUAUAAUUUACUGGUUAAGUUAUUUAUUUGUUCCUGUCACUUCUGUAAUAAGAUAUAUGACUAAAGGGUUAAUUUUAAAAAUUAAAUCUUGAUUCACGCAUUUUAAAUUAAAUCUCGAUUCAAAUUUUAUCAUCAAGAUGUAGGUAUAAAAUUCUAGGAAAUAUUUGGCAGCAAAAUGUGACAUAUACUGACAGGUCUUUUUUAUGCCGUCUGGAAAACAACUGAAAUUAUUAGAUUCUAGUUUGAUCACCUCAUCAUUUGACAUCUUCUAAUAAUAUUAGCAACAAACUAAGACAAACUCAUGUUUCCACUGUCAACUGCCUAAUGAAAAUAAAUACUGAUCACCAACCUUCAGAAAUCAAUAUGACAAAAAAUGUAUUUGCAUUCGGCUUAUAGUACACUUAUCAAAUGGGAAUACAAGAAUGGGACACUAUGACAGAAAAAACUAAAGAAACCAGUUUAUCAGUUUAAUAUUAUAUAUAUACUCAAGAUUGGGUCUUCAACCAAGAUGUUCUGAAUGUUCAGAACUUUAGAAACCUUAUUUCAAUAUAUUCAUGUUAUUUUAUUAGUAUUUUUAAACCUAUAAAUAUGUCCUGUCUUAGAACAAUAUAUUGCCUUUAAUUAGACUAGUUUAUUUUACUGAUCAUGUUAAUUUGGUUACAGAUUGAGUGGUUUUGUACUGUAUCAAAUAAAAAAUCAAAGAAAAUCAAAAUUUAUUUUGAUGUCAGUGUUGUUGGUUCUUGGACUAGAUUAAUACUGUAUUUGCUAUUCAUCAAAGCAGUAGCAUGUGUGAAAAACAUAAAUAGUAAUAAACCGGUGGAAUUGUUAUACAACAAAAAUAAAAUUUUGUUUCAUGACUUUUACUUUUACAGUAUUACCAGUAGCUUUUUCAUCACUUUUACUUACAGUAUACAAGCAGCUUUUAACACCUUUUUAUUUUUGCAAUGUUUUGUCACAUUUUAUUUGUUCAAACUCAGAUUUUUUCAGAAUCUAUGCUGUUUAAUAUUUUAAGUGUCACAGAGACCACCAUUAUAUGGCUAUGAAAAAAUAAAAUGUAGACAUAACAAAAAUAUUAGCUUUUUUUUUUUAAAGUGUUCUAUAAUUAAUUCAAACGUGUACGAUCUACUUUUACUGCACUUACAUAUGUGUUUAGGAAAUAUAUUAAAAUAGGGUUGUGGAAUAGAGUUCAUGAUUUAAAACUAUUGUAGAUAAACUGACAUGUAUUUGUUGACCAAUUCAGUAUCCUAUACUCUUUGAUAUUAAAAGUUUAUUUUAUA